ACCCUGUGGCUUUUGAAGGCUGUCAGUGGGUUUUCCGGUCUCCAUCUUUCUUUCUUGGAGUACUUGUGAGAAAACGUGGAUUGUCCCAUAAGUUUUCGCAAAACGAGGCACAAUGGUGCGUAUGAAUGUUCUAGCUGAUGCCCUAAAGUGCAUAAACAAUGCUGAAAAACGCGGGAAGCGUCAGGUGCUCAUCAGGCCCUGCUCCAAAGUCAUCAUCAAAUUCCUCACAGUGAUGAUGAAGCACGGCUAUAUUGGCGAGUUUGAGAUUGUCGAUGACCACAGAUCUGGAAAAAUUGUGGUAAAUCUCACUGGAAGACUCAAUAAGUGCGGUGUCAUCUCACCCCGUUUUGACGUUCCAAUUCGCGACAUUGAAACCUGGACAAAUGCCUUGCUGCCCUCUCGACAGUUUGGGUUUGUUGUCCUGACGACGAGCGGUGGAAUUAUGGAUCACGAGGAGGCCCGACGAAAACAUCUGGGAGGGAAGAUUCUGGGCUUCUUCUUCUAAUCGGUAACACUUAGAUGGAAGGAUUGUACGCAGUGAUACAAUAAAAAUCAUUUCGUGCAUCCCAGAA